AUGUCACUUGGAACUUGGUACAGCGCGGAUCUUUUUCAAAAGAUAUUGAUAAUGCGGCUCAACAAGGCAGUGUUUACAAUUCUGAUUUUAAUCGGUUUGACCAUAUUCACAGAGCUUGUUGCGGCUCAGAAUGACACGGAACCCAUUGUCCUGGAGGGCAAAUGCCUUGUGGUUUGUGACUCUAAUCCAGCUUCAGAUUCGAAGGGGUCGUCUUCUCCGCUCGGGAUUUCAGUGCGUGCUGCAAACUCCAAGGUAGCUUUUUCGGCGGUGAGGAGCAACAACCACGAACCGUCGGAAAUGAGCAAUAAAACAAGAAUCAUAUAUUUCGACCAGGUUCUUGUUAACAUAGGCAACUAUUUCACCUUGGAAUCAGUGUUUUUGUCACCACGCAAAGGAAUAUAUAGCUUCAACUUCCAUGUUAUCAAAGUGUACCAGAGCCAGACCAUACAGGUUAAUCUGAUGCUGAACGGGAAGCCAGUCAUUUCAGCAUUUGCGGGCGACAAAGACGUGACGCGUGAGGCUGCCACCAAUGGGGUGUUACUCUACCUGGACAAAGAGGACAAGGUAUAUCUAAAACUGGAGAAGGGCAACCUUGUGGGAGGAUGGCAAUACUCAACAUUCUCCGGCUUUCUCGUUUUCCCUCUGUAAAAAAAAGGAUAAGAGAAAAAAAAAAGAAAAAAGAAAAAAAAACGAAACAAGGGAAAUGUAUCAUCAAUUAACUUACAGCGGUUCAGCUGUCAUAAUCGUGCAACUGAGAACAUCUGCAUCAUGUGGAUUUAUCCCAGUGGAUGACUUUGUAUUUCUUUCAGUUCUUUGUGACUUUGGAUAAUGAAAUGCUGCAGGAGAGCAAAGGAUGAUGGGAAAGCUGUGACUUAAAACGUGCUCCUUCCUGCAGCGCGAGGGCCAAAAUUGGUUGCCUGUGCCAUGUGCUUAUUCCAUUCAUUUCUAUAUGCUUUCACAUCAGAAAGCCUAAGGGGUGUGGGAGGUGUUGAUGAAGGCAUUGGGCCUUUCGCUAUUGCAAUACGUGUUCCUGUCUACAAUUCCCAAGAAUUGUUUUUAGCAUUAUUAGUUUCAGUUUUUAGCUUCUAAGAGCUGCUUUGAAAAAUAUUUUAAAGGAACCACAUCUCUGGUGUUACUUUCUCUGUAAAGGACUCUCGUUGGUAUUGGUGUUGCCCCUCAUUUAACGCUGUGGGUUUGUGCCAUCCAUUAAAUAAAUGAUUCCUACCUUACAACAAACAGUCUUUAUGUUGGGAUAGACAAUGUAUAAUUCAGCUUUGAUUGCUAACAUAGUUUAGGGGGUCGUUUCUAAGGUAACAGUAUGUGUCUGUAGAGUGGACAGGAGCUCGAAAGCCUGGUAAAGCGGAGGCGCAAGCUUUUGUCUUGUCCGUUGUUUGUCGGGUGGAGCUACUUCACAGACGUUGCCAUGGGAGGCCGCCUCGGGUGCCCUGGACCAGAUUGAGCUUGCCGUGGCAACAUCCUAUUUCUUGGUGCGGUCUUUCAGAAGGUCGCAGGGAUUCAGUCAGAAGCCAUUAAGCUGCCAAGUCAAGGACGUCCAUUUGUGCUGAAGGCUACAUGUUCAUAGUCUGUUCGGGCUCUACUCUCAAACAAGCAAGGACGCUUUGUGUAAUUUCUCUGGAAGCCCAGUCGUCUCCAGCUUUGCCUCUGUUUUUCUCACAUUGUUCAUACUGUUUUGUUCUAUAAUUGAAGUAGGUAUUUAUGAGUUUAUCAUAAUGGUCUGAUACUUUUCCUACUCCCCCAAGUGUGCCUCUGUGUGGAGAUUUGCAUACUGAAUUAAUUUUAUUAAUCUCCUUCGUUUUAUUUGUAGUCUGUUUAUGUCAGCUAGCCCUUGGCAUUAGCAAUUAAGGGCGUCGACAGAAAAAUAACUUGACAAAGGCGGGAGAUUCCUCUGUGAUAAUUGCUAGGUUACCACAAACACAUCCUUCAAUAUCUGGAUGUUGUAAUUGUGAGCGCUGCUGGAGGCUGUGCUUUUAUGGUUUUUACAGAUUUAAUAUUUCUUAGCUGGGAGUGUGACAAGAAUCUGAGAAAGCACAGAGAACGGAGCAGUCCUUUGGACAUCAAGGCAGCAAUAUUGUUUAAAGGAAAGGGAAGCUUUCAUUCCAUAAGCACCGCGUUGGAUUAUUUAUAAAAUGUUGUCUUUGCUCAGUGGAUGUAAGGGGAAAUGCCGAUAAUGGUAGUAUUGCUUUCUGAAAGCUUUUCCAUGAAAACUCUGCCAUUUGCUGAAAGCCUUUUCAAAUACCAUUCAAACAGUUUCAAAUACCGUUCACAUGAAAUCCAGACAUUUUAAAACAAGCCAGCCAGGUCUUUGUUUGCUGUCACUCUUAAAACAAGGAUCCAAACUUCAUAGAAUAUGUUUCCUAGAAAGGUCGGUUCAUACUUCAGGAUGCAGCGACUGUUCGCAGAGAUUCCCAGUGCAGUAAACCGCGUUUGGCCUAGACUACGUGGCCAUGCUAACAAAAGAAGAAUGACAGUUUCAACACACUCGCUGAGUGCAGAAUGUUUGAUUAUACCAGAAAUUAAAAGUUUGACAGUCCAUUGUGGAAGGCUCAAUGGUGCAAUCAGGGGGCAGGGUUCAGUUUUGUGUUUUUCGAGCCAGACUAAAGUGGCCCUCUAUGACACCUUCCACACCACUAAGCAAUUUUUUGCAAGAUUAAAAAAAGCUAUUUCACUAUUGUUAAUGCUUACUUGUACCCCUCCUAUACCUGGAUAGAGCUUAUUUCAGUAGGUUCUUAUGCCAGCUUACAAACCGCAUUAUUAUGUUAAGUGCUGCGUUCUGCUGUGAAAGCACAAUGCACCAAUCGCAGCUACAUGAACAAACUGCCGUGUGACCUGCUGUGGUUAGAAACAGUUUGGCAGAAAUGGUUCUCAAUUGUUCCCUUCUCGGUCUAUCAAAAAUGUCAUAUUUCAAAAAACCUGAACUCGCAACUACUGCAUGCAGUAUGAGUGCAAUGUAACAUUUUCUGGAAAAAAAAUGGAUUCAUGAAAUAAGUCACAGUUCAGUCAGAUUAUCCAAACAUUUGCCUUGUUUUCAUUAUUUGUAUGCACUUAAGGAAAAUUAUUGCAUUUGCUGCAACAAUUUGUGUUUUUUAUAACACUGAUCUGUUAAACAUCUGGUUUGUAUGUUUAUGGGGACAGACUGUAUUGGAUGGUCAUGAACUCAUUUUUUCACACAGGUACAUAUUGGUAUAAGCUGAGUGACCAUUCCUUAGUUUCAAUCAUGUGACUUUGAUCUCCCAUUUGUACCUUUUACGGAAUGGAUGUAUGUGAAUAUGGUUAUAUUCCAAAUGUAUUUCAGACAAUAUAUAAUAUAUAAAGAGGAAUAUAAAAAGUAUAGUUUUGGAUAUACAUGCAUAUGAUUCUACUCUAAACCCCCACUUUGGAUUUGGGAACAGCCUUAUGAAGUUAAAAGCAUGUACUACUUUGAGAUGUUAAGAGUUUGUAUUAGAGGGUUUUUGGUUAGGCAUGUGUGUAUUCAUGUUUGACGUAAUGUUUUUUCGUUAGACUAUCAAUCAGAUGUUGUUUUAAGGACGUAUAGAUUCCUACCUAUCCUUUUUAUCUCAAAAUGAUGGAUGCGAUUCCCAUGGAAUGUUACUUUUGUGAUACAUUUAGCCGUUAAUGAAACCCCCGGCCUCACAUCUUUCACACAGACGUGAUGCAGACAGGCUCUGUGUGAAAUUUUGCUGAAGGAAAAUUGGUCUGAAGAGUUGAAACUGCUAUGUGCUGCAGGACGCUGGCAAGUGCACCCCAUUAACUGUGGAGAGACAGUCAUCAAGUCUGCAUGGAAAUCUGACAUCAAAACAAUUCAUUGUUUAUUCCUCUAUUCAUGUUUUUAAAUUAAGCUUCCUAAAGACUCACAAGUGCUUCAUAAGAUAUCAUCCUUACAGUGCAAUUGCUUGUAAUUCCAUCAGUAAAACAUGGAAGCUCCCCCCUCCCCCCCAGGAGACAGCAGCUAGAGUUGCAAAUGCUUUGAAAUGUCUCCUUUUUGAUGAAGAAUAAAGGUGUUGUGAUUGAUUGGAAUUGGAAUUAACUCACAGAGAAAAGCAACCUGACAGACACAAAGACAUAAAAAUAGUGUUUUGAUUUAUAAAAUGGCAGUUGGACGGCACACUGAUAUCAAUAUCCUGUAUUCCUUGGUUUAGCCUGUAAAAAAAACAAAAAACGAAUAAUGAAAACAAUAGUUUUCUUUCUGUAGAUUCCCUAAUUUAUAUAUUUAUUUAUUUAUUAACUUUUUUGUAACCUCAAAAGCUAUGUACUUACUAAAUUUGUGCCCAAAGGCUGAACCUGGUUCUGACACCUGGUUUCUUUUCGUCCUCACAUUGGGAAGUGUUGAAGGAGCGAUCAUUACAGCAUUGCCGCUUUGGACACCGCUACCGCUACAUGCUACGUCUGCUCAGUCCGCUGAUCUUGAAAGGAUAAGUGGAAGCAAAUGUAUCGGAACAGUUGAUAUACUCCUAAAUUUCCUGCGUGAAGAGGAAUCUGUGCUGUUUUGAAUGCCGUCAAUUUUAAAGGAUCAACACAGGCACUUGGAAUGAAUUGCGUGGACGGAUUGAAGCGUUUAAAUUUCCAAGAGUCUUUAAUGGGCUACGCUGUAUUUCUGCCUUUCCGUUUUACUUUGCUGUCAGUUUUCAUUUCUGUUACUUCCCCUCUCUGUGCUCUCAGAUUAAACUUGAAACAUCUGUGAUGAAA